AUGCACGCGACGCAGCCUAUGAAAGAACGAGAAAUCCAAAAAGCAUCUGAAAAAGUUCGGAAAAGGGUGGCAAAGUACGAAAAAUUCAUGUUGAUCGCCGCUCUAUGGGUACAAACUUUCCAAGACCCUUCUCGUAUACAAUUCAGUUAUACCGUCGUGGCCGCCAACUUCAGAAAUCACGGAAGGAAUCAUUCAAGAAUCCACAGCAGACAAGUUAGUUCUGAAUCUUUGUCGGACGUUUCCAUGUGGGAUGAUUGGAUCGUAAAAUACGUUAAUGAAGACAACAAAAAGACUAUCGUCGCAGAAGACUCCCCAAUGGAGGAAUGGAUAUUCGAAACGAUGUAA